AACGACACGACGUUUGUGUUCCCGUGAAGUUGGUGUGCAAGGAAAAAAACCCACAGCGCGAGUGUUUGUUGGCUGCGCUUUAAUGGGGAAAUCUACACUUCUAUCUAAUACAAGUCUUUAUAUAUGUGGCCUGACCUACUGUGAAUGAAGCAAACUAACCGACAUUAAUUGUGUGUUGUACUAAAGAUGUGGAAGGCAGCAGCAGGACAGUCAGUCAGUGUGGCUGUAAAUGACGGAGGGGACGACUGGGAGACCGACCCUGACUUUGAGAAUGAUGUAUCGGAGAAGGAGCAGCGCUGGGGGGCCAAGACGGUGUCGGGCUCAGGACAUCAGGAGCACAUAGAUAUCCACCAGCUGCGUGAGACUGUUUCGACGGAGCACACCAGCCUGAAGAAGAAGGAGUUGGACACCAUGCCAAAGGCCUCGCAUGGAUAUGGAGGAAAAUUUGGAGUGCAGCAGGACCGCAUGGACAAGUCAGCUGUGGGUCAUGACUACCAGAGCAAGUUGUCCAAGCACUGCUCCCAGACAGACACCUCCAAGGGCUUUGGAGGGAAGUUCGGAGUGCAAGCUGACCGCGUUGACCAGUCAGCUGUUGGGUUUGAGUAUGCCGGGAAGACGGAGAAACACGCUUCGCAGAGAGAUUACACCACUGGGUUUGGGGGGCGAUACGGAGUGCAGGCAGAUCGUGUUGACCAGAGUGCAGUGGGCUUCGAUUACCAGGGCAAAACCGAGAAACACGAGUCCCAGAAAGAUUAUGCAAAGGGCUUUGGCGGCAAGUUUGGUGUUGAAACAGACAAGGUGGACAAGAGCGCUGUGGGCUUUGAGUACCAGGGCAAAACGGAGAGGCACGAGUCACAGAAAGACUAUGUGAAGGGCUUUGGGGGAAAGUUUGGUGUGCAGACGGACAGACAGGAUAAAUCGGCGCUGGGAUGGGACCACCAGGAGAAACUACAGCUCCACGAGUCCCAGAAAGACUAUAAACGUGGGUUUGGAGGGAAGUAUGGGGUAGAGGUGGAGAAGCAGGACCAGUGUGCCCUGGGCUAUGAGCACAAGGAGAGCCUGGCCAAGCACGAGUCCCAGAAAGAUUAUUCAAAAGGAUUUGGAGGGAAGUUUGGUGUCCAGAAUGACCGGAUGGAUAAGAGCGCAGGCUCUUUCGAUGAGCUGGAGAAGCCGAGUCCAUCUUACCAGAAAACCAAACCUGUGGAGGCUGCUGGCAGCAACACGGGGAGCAUCAAGGCCCGCUUCGAGAACAUCGCCAAGCAGAAGGAGGAAGAAGACAAAAAGAGGGCAGAGGAGGAGCGAGCGCGUCGUCAGGCCAAGGAGAAGCAGGAGCAAGAGGAGGCUCGCCGUAAAAUCGAACAGACGCCCAAGGCCCCCUCUCCUGUCCCUGCUGCAAGUCCCAGCCCGACUCCCCCAGUCCUGCCUGCUGCCGCCCCGACCCACCGGAAGACAGAGGAACCGUCCUACGAUGCUGCUGAGGAGAACGGAGAGCAGCUGUACGAGCCGGAGCCACUGAGCAUCUAUGCAGCGCAGGAGGACCAGGAACUCUACGAGACCCCCGUGGAGGCUCAAGCAGCAGACGGCCAACAGUACGAGUACGGCGAGGACCUCGGGGUGACGGCGGUGGCUCUGUACGACUACCAAGCAGCCGGCGACGACGAGAUCUCCUUUGACCCCGAUGACAUCAUCACCAACAUCGAGAUGAUCGACGAGGGCUGGUGGCGAGGCGUGUGCAGAGGCGCCUACGGCCUUUUCCCAGCCAACUACGUGGAGGUUCGGCAAUGACGACGCCCGCCGAGAUGAGCCGCGUCCCUGUCCUUGUGCAAGAAAAGAAAAGAGGAAAGAAACAUUUUCAAAUCCAUGUUCCUUUCCGCUCUUUUGUCUCUUCACCUCAUCGUAGUGCGAGACAUCCUCAGGUCUCCUGGCAGGCUUUCUUUUGCUCUUUCUUUCCUUCUCCAUCCCUCUACCUACCUGUCUCAUUUUCAGAUCCCUUUGUUGGUCUUCGUGCAGCAGAAGACAGGGAGGAGGGGUUCUCUCAGAAUAACCAAGAGAAUUUAUAGCUCUGGGCUUAAAGAGGCACAAAGCUUUGCACUUCUGUCGUGUAAUAGUUAAAAGCUACAAAAUGCAGCGUGACUUAACCUCCUGCCUCACAGCCAGACGCUGCAUUUUAUUUCCUUCCAGAUACAGUAGAGUUCUGCUCACAAGGUGUUGAUCAAGUGUCGGUGCUUCUUCACACAUUAGAGAGGAAUUUUAGUCCCACCGAAGUAAUGACCGCAAUGAGUGUUGUGCGCAGGGCUCAGGGUGCUCACUGUUCAAUGGAAGCAAGGAGCGGUUAAAAGUGGAAAAGCACCCUCCGCUUCGGAUGAUAAUGAUGGCUAUAUACUGUCCAGCACAUCCAGUAUGGACCAAAACGCUGAUAAACCCCUUUUGCUUCUUGGUCUGUGUGCGUAAAUGUUGCAGUUUAAAUUCCCCUCCCGAUUGAAGCUGCGCUUGUUGAUUUUCAAAGGGAAACUAAUACGAAUAUGUUCUUCUCCUUCUGAACACUUGCAUCAGUUGUAAAGCUGACGUUUGAUCACAGAUGUCAAAGACUUUUACCGCUGCUGUGGCCAAUCACAAGCUAAACAUCAUACUGGUUAAUCACGCUUAGAAUCAUGUACAGAGAGAUGCGUUGAGAAAUAAGAGAUUUGAAGACAUUUUUGUUCCCCGUCACUGUGGUUUUCUUUGGAUGAGACUUGUGUAUUUGUGUCUUGAAUGCUCGGGGGGUUCACGAUAUGUUAUGCCGCUCUGCAGCACAGCUAACAUUGCUCAUUGUGACCAAACUGUGUGCGUGCUGACCUUUCAAAAUAAGUGAUUUAUCAGCACUGAGGGCCGAGGCUUUGGUGUGUUCUCCAAACACUAAUUAUUUCUAUCAGACGGCAGGUCUGUGGAUCGCAGUAGUGUAGCGUUCAUUAAAUUCAUCUUCGGGGUUUUAUAAUAAAAAGUAAUAAAUAAUAAAGUGACCUUUUCAAAUGCAUUAUUUUUAUCUGUACCUCUGUUUGCUUGCGUCACAUCAUUACCUGCGUCUUCUUUUUUAGUUUCAAUAAAUAAACUGAAUUUUAAGCUUG